ACUCAUGUAAAAUUAUGAACUUUUUCUAUGUUGUCCAUGUACAAUCACAUAUAAACUUAUUUAACUUCAUUAUAUAAAUUUGGACACAUGAAAAAUCAUGAGUAGAAUUUAGUUAUUCAGUGUGGAGGUAAAUUCACACACGUGAAUAGUAUUAUCUUAGCCCAAAAAAAAUGAAUAUCCAAAUAACUUCAGGAUUUAAAUUUAAGGGAAAAUUAAUUGAGAAAAUGAAGAAGGGCGUGGAAUAGCACCGACGGCGCACGGGGGAGAGUGAUGAAGAUUGAAGAGAGUCACGUCGGUGAGUCACGAGUUUAGACUUAACCAAACUCGUGUAAACCACACGUGUCUCGAUUUUGGGCUUAGCUUCGGCCCAUUUUAUUGAGUAAAUGACUAAUGUCUUCGUGGAUAUAUUAGGCUAAAGUUUCAAAAGAAAAUGUUAUUUCGUUCUGUCUCUUUCAAUUGUUCCCUCGUAGGUUGUUGUUAUAUUUAAAAUAGGACCUCUCUUCUUUUUUAGAUGUCGUAGAAGUUGUUUUUAUAUUUGUGAAAGAUCAUGUUUCACUUUUCUUUUUAGAUGUCGUAGGAGUUUUAAUGGAGUUUGGAAUCUUUUAUUUAUUUAGGAAAGGAAUUCGAAACAUGUGAGGGUAAUGUGACCCCUGCCAUGUUAUGAACCACUCAUAGGUGCAUUCCCACUUUCAAUUUUUUGAGUCUAACUUUAGUAUUUUAAAAUACGUAUAUCACCAAAUUAUGUAAUAGAUUUUGAGAAACACGAGCAAGUUUCUCUUAAAUGCCUAAUAGUUAGCCGUUUAGGCAUCUCAUGAUCUCACUGCAAACUAUUAGGAUCGUAGUAGUCAUACACUUAAAUGAUAGAAAAGUUGUAUCUAGUUUUUUCUCAUAUAAUAUUUUUGAAAUCUUUUUAUAUUCUAUGAUCUAUGCACACUAAAAUGACAUCAUGUAUGACUGUGUAAAUACGACAAGAAGUCUAUGUAACAAAUACCAAAUAUGUUUUAAUAGCGACACAGUCUGUGUGUGAUUAGUUACAUUAAAAUACAAUAACACAUUUCUAGCUAGUGCAAUGUAGUUAUCCCAUACUUUUGAUUUUGAAUUGACAAAGCGACUUAAAAACGAUUGGAGUGAUUGUAAAAGAAAUUACUAAAAUGGAAAGCACACUCCUGAUCGCAUCCAUAAACUGCAUUGUACGACAUUACCAUUCAUCGAUGGCGUUGCCGUUGUUAUUAGGAUCACCACACUACUGAUUUACUACUACUACUUUUUCCUUUUUGGGCUUUGAAUGAAUUACUCUUUCAAAUAAGUGGGCUUGUUCUUUCUUUCCAUUUUAGAUGUACCAAAAAUAAACCUAGCAAUUGCUAACCGAGACUCCGGUCAACAAACCCGGUUGACCCGUUGUAGGUGGGGCUGACGUGGUGGAGUCACUUUGUCAUAUCAACACAUCACGUGUCUCCACGUAGGAUACAGCAGAAACUAUUUUCUUCAUUGAUUGACUAAAAUACCCUUCACCACCAAACACCACCAGCACAAGACUUUCAUACGUUUCUUUCAUGGCGGAUUCGCUCUCUCGCUGAAACUCUCUCUCUCUCUCGUUACUCCAACCAUUCCUAAAACAUUCACAUCAUUAUUGGCAUGAAAAGCUGAUCUUUCCUAUAUAAUCGUUAAUGGCGGCAACAGCAACAGGAUCUCUAAAACUUCUGCAACAUUCGUCAUGUUCAUUGAGUUUCCAUCGGAAUCCAAUCGCAACCAAGAAAGCCCUUCUGCGUUUCGGGUUUGGUCCCCGGAAAAAUCAGAUUCGAUGUGAUAAUUUACUUUCUUCAUCGGAAAGCGAUGGGAAGAGAAGAGGUGAGGCGGUGGUGGCGGCGGCGAAGAAGAGAAAUCAGUCGCCGGAAAGAUGUGCGGCGGAGGGAAGACUGAUCGGAGGAGGAGCGUCGGAGGCGAUUACGGAGGUGAGGACGAUGAUGCCUGAGAGGAUUAAGGUAGUGAUAUUGACCGCGUGCAUGAUGUGUCUGUGUAAUGCCGACAGAGUUGUUAUGUCCGUCGCGGUGGUUCCACUCGCCGACAAGCUUGGCUGGUCGAGUUCUUUCUUAGGGGUAGUUCAGUCCUCCUUCCUAUGGGGUUACAUUUUUUCAUCGGUUAUCGGAGGGGCAUUGGUGGAUCGGUAUGGAGGGAAAAGAGUAUUGGCUUGGGGAGUGGCAUUGUGGUCCUUAGCCACUCUACUCACUCCUUGGGCAGCUGCCCACUCGACCUUAGCCUUAUUGUGUGUCCGCGCCUUUUUUGGCCUCGCUGAAGGUGUUGCAUUGCCCUCCAUGACGACCCUUCUCUCUCGGUGGUUCCCAACGGAUGAACGAGCGAGUGCUGUUGGUAUAUCUAUGGCCGGGUUUCAUAUGGGAAAUGUCGUGGGACUUCUGUUGACGCCACUCUUGUUAUCUUCCAUAGGAAUCUCUGGUCCAUUCAUUCUUUUUGCAUCCUUAGGUCUAUUGUGGGUAUCUACUUGGUCAAGCGGCGUUACAAACAACCCUCAGGACAGUCCUUUCAUCACUAGGUCAGAACUCAGGCUUAUCCAGGCUGGAAAACCGGUUCAACCAUCAACCAAUUCGACGAAACCAAACCCAUCUUUACGACUUCUUUUGUCGAAAUUGCCUACUUGGGCGAUCAUUUUAGCUAAUGUGACUAACAACUGGGGAUACUUUGUUCUUCUCUCAUGGAUGCCUGUUUACUUCCAGACGGUGUUUAAUGUAAAUUUGAAGCAAGCAGCUUGGUUUAGCGCUCUUCCAUGGGCGACAAUGGCGAUCUCAGGUUACUAUGCAGGUGCAGCAUCAGACUUCUUGAUCAGAACUGGUCACUCUGUAACCUCAGUCCGAAAAAUCAUGCAGUCUAUCGGAUUUAUGGGUCCUGGGCUAUCUCUGCUCUGCCUCAACUUCGCUAAAUCGCCUUCUUGUGCAGCGGUUUUCAUGACCAUUGCAUUAAGCUUGAGUUCCUUUAGCCAAGCUGGGUUUCUCCUCAAUAUGCAAGACAUCGCACCGCAAUAUGCUGGUUUCCUGCACGGUAUUUCGAAUUGUGCGGGUACGUUGGCUGCAAUCGUAAGUACAAUAGGGACGGGAUAUUUUGUACAGUGGCUAGGCUCUUUUCAGGCGUUCUUGACGGUAACGGCGUUUCUUUACUUUGCAACCACCGUGUUUUGGAUCCUCUUUGCAACCGGAGAACGAGUCUUCUAGAUCCAAAAGACUCUCCUUUUACACAUUUAGAGGUUUCAAUAGGAUACCAGAAAAAAUAUUGCUUAAAAAUUAAUUUUUUUUUUUUUUAUAACUAGAAUAUAUUUCUCUGGCUUUUCUGUGAUUACAUCAAAACUAGAUGCAACUGUAAUGCCACAGAUUUAAGUGUUAGAAUAUAAAAUUAUGCAUAAAAGCA